GAGGACACGAGGGGACAUGUCCAAGCCGUGCAGCCCGAACCCGGCCUCGGGGUUCGCCAUCGCCUUUACCGUCACCAUCAGCUUCCAGCUCGGACUCACCACUGCUUUCCCCCAGCCCCGACAUGGUGAUGUACAAUGUGGUGAGAAUGAAUUCCUCUGUCUGAAUGGACGCUGCGUUUCUGCACUGACACUGUGCAGUGGAAGGGAUGACUGCAAUGAUCAGAGCGAUGAGCGAAACUGUUCUGUAUCAGGGUGUGGACCUCAUGGGUUUCUUUGCAGCAACUCUACUGUCUGUAUCUCUAAAAACCAGCUCUGUGACGGUCACCAGGACUGUGCAUCAGGCGUUGAUGAAUCUGAUGACCUUUGUGAAAAGAGAGCACUGCAACCUGAAGGUUGUGGGGAGUUGGAGUUCCUGUGUCGUUCAGGCCAGUGCAUAGAGCUUCAGUCAGCUUGUGACAACUUUCCUGACUGCAGUGAUGGUAGUGAUGAAGUCAAUUGUGAUCGGAAUGAGUGCUUGGUGGCAAAUGGACAGUGUUCUGAUUAUUGCUGGGACCUACCUUUAGGAUAUGAAUGUGCUUGUCCAACUGGAUUGGAGCUAAUAAAUCAUUUCACAUGUGAAGAUGUGGAUGAGUGCAGAAACCCUGACUUGUGUGACCAGAUUUGUCUAAACCUGCCUGGAUCAUAUGUCUGUGAGUGCUCCCAGGGAUAUCAGAAGGACACACACACUGGCACUUGCCAAGCUGCGGGAGAGGAACCAUUCAUGAUUGUCACUAACCGUGGAGAUAUCAAGAGCAUAAAUAUGAACAGAACGGAAUAUUUGGAGAUAGCUGAUAGAUUGCAGAGCGCAACAGCUCUCAGCAUGGAUAUCACCUCAUCAACCAUCUUUUGGUCUGGUGACAAACAUCAUGGAAUUUUCAGGACAUCCGUAGACCCAAACAGAAAGGAGAUCAGACAGAUUUUGGGUGAUGUACAAAGUCCUGGUGGAAUUGCUGUGGACUGGAUCUACAGCCACAUCUACUGGACUGAUUCUAGAGCCAGAACUUUAUCUCUUGCUACUCUGGAUGGAUUGAAAAGGAAGACCCUGUUCAGUACGAACCUAAGAGAGCCUACAGCUAUAGCAGUUGACCCAGAAUCGGGCUUCUUAUACUGGGCCGAUAUAGGAAAACCAGCAAAAAUUGAAAAGGCGGGGAUGAAUGGAGUUGGCAGAAGGAUACUAGUCAGCGUUGGAAUUGAGAAGCCAACUGGGAUUGCAUUGGACUAUAUAAAGAAACGCCUUUACUGGGUGGACUCUGAUCUCCACGAGCUUUACUACACUGAUCUGGAUGGACUGUAUCACAGAAGUGUCUUUCACUCUCCAAAAUACUUGGCAAAUCCAUUCGGGCUGGCAGUGUUUGAGGAUCGUGCCUAUUGGUCAGAUGUGGAUGGUAAGGCCGUGUACAGCAUUAACCGGUUUGGAGGAGCGAAUCUGACGAUUCUGACCCCAAAUCUCACCGAACCACGAGGCCUUGUCGUGUUUCACCGGCUGAUGCAGCCAAUUGUACAGAACUGGUGUGUUGAAGAACACGCUGCUUGUGAGUACCUAUGUGUGCCUGCACCUUACACUGAGCAACACCACAUGUGCCUGUGCCCAGAUGGUAUGAUACCCAACAGGACUGGACAUACAUGUGAAAAAGAGACUGACCCCGCCGCCACCUCACCUGAACAGACUGACCCUGUCACCACCUCACCGGAGCAGGCUGACCCUGUCACCACCUCACCGGAGCAGGCUGACCCUGUCACCACCUCACCGGAACAGACUGACCCUGUCACCACCUCACCGGAGCAGGCUGACCCUGUCACCGCCUCGCCGGAACAGACUGACCCUGUCACCACCUCACCGGAGCAGGCUGACCUGAAGCAGCUUGAUGCUGUAUCUGUUGGAGUUAUUGCUGUGAUUGUCAUCCUGCUGGGAAUUGUGAUGUGUUGUGCUGCCGUACACUGGCGAAUGAUUGUUGGGCAAGUCAAAACCUCACGCUUCUAUUCUCCUGUUCAUCUCCACACAGAGAAUUCAAUCAUCUGUAAUGCACAGAGAAAAGAUACAGUUUCCCAACAGUUUUUGCUAUCUGAAUGAAGAGGAAUGGAUCUGAGAUUUCUUGUUUGGAGUGUUGGGUUUUUAAUUUCAACAGAGCUUCCUAUGUUGGUGAAUUGAUCAGACAGCCUAAGGAUCAGUUUAAUAUUUAAUUUUAUUGCUCAGGGUUUUGGUAAAGUACUUAUUUGUCAGGUUCUGGUAGUACUUGUAGGAUGUUUUAAUGAGGAGAUUGUGCCCAAAAAAGGAUUCCAGGAAAAUUCCAAAAGGGUGCCCUGUCGCUGACCAUUCACCAUGACACUGGGAAAAGGAAAAAAACUCACACACAUUCGAGCAUUCCAAUCUCCAGCACACCAAGGUUCCUUCCUUCAAGUUACCACCACCAAAAAGUGACUUACAAUCUCUUCGACAUAUUUCUGUAGUUAAAGCCAUAAAGAUUCUGUGCAUGUAUUGCUUCAAAUUGAGCUUUGCCAAUUCUAGAUUGUUCUUUUGGCCUGUCUUAAUAGCCAAUCUGAUGUGUAAUUCUGAUUGAACAAUGCCUCCCUCACUAAGAAUCUCUGUCAGCACUAGAUCUUAGUGAGAGAAUACGACAUUGUGGUGGAUGUUGAUGGAAUGUCUUGGCACAGGCAGGAGGUAAAACUUGUCAACAGCCAAGCAAGUCUAUUCAAGUAUAAGCCAAAUUGGAAAUCUAAAUGUGAUUGCUACUUCCUUAUUACUGUGAGAACCUUUGCAAAUGUUGAAUAUUAAUAAGCUGAAAAUGACCAGCAAACUAGCAGAGAAAUGUCUGAAGAGUUUGUGUGGCAUUCCUUCCAGUUCUAACCUUCAGAUAUUUAGUCAUUUUAAAUAUCUGAACAAGAACAUAAUCCUGUAACAUUGUUGGAAAUAUUUAUUGACAGUAAAUCUUCAAUGGUUUACCAGUUUGAGAUCUAAGGCACUUAAACAUAUUUAUUUACACCAUAGAAAUUUUAUUUAUGCUUUUUAUUCUUUAUUGCUUUAACAUUAGAAUAAACUUGAACUGGGUACUUGAAGGUGACUGAAUUUCAGCACCAUAACAGAAUACAUUUGCUGGUAUAAACGGGAUUAAUUAUCUGCAUAAUGUGCAGGACAGCACUGCAUUGGCUGCAAUGAAUGGGGGUUUAGUGGGUCUCAGGGUGUUAAUCAGAAAAGAUGAUGUCAGGAUCUGGCUCAUGCUGCACAAGUGAGGGCAUCCAUUCACAUUUCCCAUCUCCGGUCAUGCUGCCUGUUCUGCCAAUGGACUGGGAAGUGGGGAAAAAAAGAAUGAAGAAGUUAUAUGUACAGGAAUCCUUAGUGUUCUGAAUUAGCAAUUGGACAGUCACCACGUGUAGAAAAGACCAGGGAGGUGCUGCUGCUGUAGUCAGGAAAUUAUAUAACUACUUUAAAAAGUGGGAGUUCUAAAAUAGGAUCACUGCAGGUGGUUGGGGAAAUUACAUUGAGAUGUUCUUGAAUAUCAAAUGAUCUCCAUUUCCCAAAGUCGGCUUUGAUUUCAAUCAGUGUUCCUCCCAUCAGUGAUUUUUAUUUUGCUGGAUUUUUUUUUUGGUUUUUCAGCACUGAAAUGUCUGCAGUAUUUAACCUUCUUUUGAUUACCCAUGCAACCUAAACUGGGCAAAUUAUACUGAAAUUUAAUUGACUUGAUGUUUCUGGCAUCAUUUUUUCUAUUACCUUUUUUUCCAAAGCUUAAAGGUUCAAUUUGUAAUAUUACUGUACUAGAAGUGUAUGGUACAUAUACCAUUUACAUAUACAUAUACCAUUAACACUCCAUUUUGUGACGUGUGCAUCUGGUCAACUCACCCACACAAACUGGUGCUAUUGUUUGUUGUUGGAUUUAUUCUUCAGACCUCCUUGUCUGUCCCUAACAAUUCAUUCAUUCUACAUCUUCAACAUGCUGCCCUUUAUAGAAAACCAACUGAUUUCCUCUGGAAGCUGGUGUCUACAAUUAAGUGGCUAAUCCGCCUGGCCAGUUUUGGACUUGGGAAAAGUUCAAAAUUCAAUCCCAAUAAUUCCUUUUUCCAUUUGCUGCUGCAGCUUCCACUCUCAAUCUCUAACAGCAAUGAAAACUGACACAGGAUGUGAUAUUUGACUACUUGGUACAAGUCUCACCGAUUAGCUUUAGAGAAUUAAAUUCACUAAGCUCAUUACACAGUAGAUUAAAAAGGAAGUAAAUGCUGCAUACGCACACUCCUGUUGCAGGAUUGUACUUGAGCCAUAAAUUAAUGAUUUGUGAGAAAUGUUAUUGAUUGUAAUGAAACCAGGAGAUUAUUGUCUGUGAAUUAUCUUUCCUUAGAAUGGCACUCUUCAAUGACCUUGAUUACUGACUUGUGUUUUGGCUCUCCUUCUGUUGAGGGAGAAUGAUUGUUAUUAAAAUUUCAUGAACAAACUCCAGUUAAAUCUUUAAUGUGUAACAAUAAAAAAUUAUGAUCAGCUGUUUUCAUCAAGUUUAUUAUGUUUCACUCAAUGUUUUUGUAGCUAUUGUUAAAUUUCAUUGAUUUGUCAGAAAUGUAUGAAAACUCCAAUGACGUUGUACUAGAGGCGCCCAGGUCUCCUCUCCUCCAACUGCCAUGUACUGUUUCUUCUUGAGAAUUGAGGUAAAUUGAAACCAGUUGCCUGAAGAUAUGUGCAUCUACUCCUCCAUUUCAGUGGCCUCACUGCAUUUUGUAAUAAAAUUAAUGCAAACGGGGAAGCUAAAGUAAAAUUAACUGAAGCUUCGAGAUGCCCUUUAGCUGUGUUGCAACAGAUUGUAGUACAAGGAGGACUGUCACCCAGUACAAAUCCACCCACUCCCCUUGAGUGGUACAAAUCUUGCACAUGUUCUUCAUAAUAUAAACUGCUGACGCACAGGAAAGAAGCAAGUACCAUUUCCAGCAGAGUCUCCAACAAAACCUGCCCAAUUUUAUUUACUUCCUGAAUGUCAACCUUUACAUUAAAGUAGUGCUAGGAUGGGUUGAUUAUGGCAGCAUCUAUACAUCCUCCUAUGCAAGGCCUGGCUCCUUAUUUACUAAUAGUUUUUCUUUGUCCAGUUGUGGACAAUUUUGUUAAAGCCAUAAAUAAUUGUGGCAGCGUGUGAAGGGAGUUUAUUACCAGUCAGAAGGAGAUUUUGGUGUGUCCUAUUAGGUCAGUCAAGACACAAAUGAAGAUUGAAAGUGUGAAGAAAGAGACGUACAGGAGCUCUGUUAAGAGUGUGUAUUGUUAUUAACUUGAGCAGAGCUCUGCAGUGGCCACUGCUCCUUUGGAAUUGACCAUCUCUACCUUAUCAUCCCAGUUGGUGUAUACUGGCCCCACUUUGGGAAGCUCUGGUCUGCCAUGACACCAAUUUGCUGUUGAGUUACAGGCUCCUGUCCGUGAAUGGUGUCCUGAGAGCUGCUGAUCAGCUGUUUAUAUCAUGUUUGCAACAGUUGCAAAGUGUUUCCUGCAAUUUGUUCAGGUUGCAUUUUAGUAUCUGUCACCACCUUUCUAUGGAAUAGUGUUGACCAGAGAAAUCUCUUACAAAGAUAAGGGGAUUGACCAGGGCAACAUCAAAUAAAGAGGAGAAACACUCUAGAAAAUUAAUUGAAGUAUGGUACAUCUAUCAUUAACAAUCCAUUUUGUGAUGUGUGCAUCUGGUCAACUCACCCACUCAAACUGUUGUUAGAUUUUAUUCUUCAGACCUCCUUGUCUGUCCCUAACAAUUCAUUCAUUCUACAUCUUCAACAUGCUGCCCUUUAUAGAAAACCAACUGAUUUCCGCUGGAAGCUGGUGUCUACAAUUAAGUGACUAAUCCGCCUGGCCAGUUUUGGACUUGGGAACAAGUUCAAAAUUCAAUCCCAAUAAUUCCUUUUUCCAUUUGCUGCUGCAGCUUCCACUCUCAAUCUCUAACAGCAAUGAAAACUGACACAGGAUGUGAUAUUUGACUACUUGGUACAAGUCUCACCGAUUAGCUUUAGAGAAUUAAAUUCACUAAGCUCAUUACACAGUAGAUUAAAAAGGAAGUAAAUGCUGCAUACGCACACUCCUGUUGCAGGAUUGUACUUGAGCCAUAAAUUAAUGAUUUGCGAGAAAUGUUAUUGAUUGUAAUGAAACCAGGAGAUUAUUGUCUGUGAAUUAUCUUUCCUUAGAAUGGCACUCUUCAAUGACCUUGAUUACUGACUUGUGUUUUGGCUCUCCUUCUGUUGAGGGAGAAUGAUUGUUAUUAAAAUUUC